GUUGCCCCCGAGCCCGGGACCCGCCAAACAGAGCCAGAGCCUCCUCGCGUCCUGGGGACGAAGACCGGGCUGGCGGGGGGAGACGUGUAUUGCGUGGCCCUGGAGGGGUCCUCUGCAUGAUCUUGUGUGUCUCCAUAGCCUCUCCCUUUCCCCCCCAGGGACCCCCGAGCCCGGGACCCGCCAAACAGAGCCAGAGCCUCCUCGCCUCCUCUCGCAACAGGAAAGACUGACGGUCCCUGCCCCCAAAUGGUCCUCCUUCUGUAUGGAGCUGGAAAGGGAGGCUCCGACCUCCAGGCUCCCACAGGCAAAGUUAGGAGGUUCUGGGAGGCCUCGCACUGCAGUUCUACAAAAGAAGGCCCCCCUGCACUAGUUAGCUUGGCUGGUUAGAGCUGGUGCUGAUUAGGCCAAGGUUGCAGGUUUGAUCUCCCUAACGGCCACCUGCAUUUCAGGGGGUUGGACUAGAGGACCCUUAGGAUUCCUUCUAAUUCUGCAGUUCUAUGAUUCUAACAUCCCUAAGGGGGCGGGCACACAUCUUGCAUCCCCAGCUAAAAAGAGCUAGAUGAGCAGCUUACGAUUAACUCCGUGUGGUCACAUUCCGGGUGCACGUAACUGUUGCUGCACCUCCUCCCCCCAACGGGUCUUUAGCAGUGACUGCUGACCUGCAUUUACUACUGACGCUGUGCCUUGGAUUUCAACCUCUUUAUUUGGCUAAGUACUGGUGCAGUGGUUGAUCAGCUUGCAGUCUCUUUGUAUUGUGCUAAUUGUUGCCACCCACCCACUCCUUGGGUCCUGGCUGGGCCCUUCAAAUCCAGAGAGAAGCUGGGGUUAUGCCAAAGCAGCCAGCCCACAUUGAUAGGUAGUGAAUUACAUACGAUAGGAUGUCCCAGCCCCAAAUGACAGAAGUGUGGAAACUUGCUCUGAUUGCCUUCUGAAGAGUUUAGGAACAAGGCAGCAAAAAUUACGCUUGUCCUCCUCUCUGGCCCUCUCCCUGGUCUUUGGUUCUGUGUUGUGAUUGAUCCUGUUCUAGCCACUGAAACAUGGCUUGGAAUAAGACUUGUCAACUUCAUGAUUGUCUAAGAAAUGGUAGGGAGGAGCAUAGGCUAAUUGCUCAUGGAAUUAUAAAGCUUUAUCAAGUACCUCCAAAGCCAUUAAAAAUCUGUUUGGUAUACAAAAUAAUUGAGCUUCUUAUAAAAGUGUUGAGAAUAGUCAGGCAGCUGAUGUGAUAACUGGGGUCUAUAAAAAGACUAUUAAUCUUUGGUCUGUGGUGUAACCCUGCAGGACUCUUCAAUUAAGCGUUCGGCCCCUGUCUCCAGAUGGAAAGAGUAAGUCCAAGGUGCGGGUUUCUUGGUGUUGGGCAGGGUUAUCCUUGGGCCUUCUCAAGUCUGGGCUGGUUUGUUUUUCUUCAUUAAGAGUUUUUUCCUGGGCUGCUUAAGCUUUUUUUUCUUUGGUGUUGCUUUCAUUUCCUCUUUUUGGGGGGAAGCUUCAGUUUGGGAAGUGCUUUGUAAGAACAACUUGGAUGUUUUUCUGAUCUUGUCUGCUCAAUCUCUAGGAAUUUCCAAAGAGAGGAAUUUUUGAGCAAGACACCUGCUGAAAGAUCAAAAUGGGGAAGUGAAGACAAAGGUGCCUGCAGCUGCUGCUCCUGCCCCAAUGGAUGCCUGGAAAAGUACAGGAUAAGUGCCUGGGCAGCAGGUCACUACAAAGAUAAGAAGAAGUUUAUUAGCUUUUGAAGACUUCUUUGAAAGGAGUAGCUGAACCCAGAAGGGCAUGUUUUCUUGGUAAUGUCUAGCCACAACUCCCAGUCAUGCUCUUCAAGAGGCAUCACAUAGAAGGGGUACAAACCCUUUGUUCAUUCUUUGUGAUCUGUGCCACAGGCCUCUGUUGGCAAGAAACGGCAAGCUCUCAGAGGGGGAAAAAGUAUUGUAUUGUUAGCCUUCGCCAAUUCAAAGUGGCACUUAAGGGGAUGGAGACAUCCAUGUGUUUGAAGACUCAAAAGGUGAAAGGGAUCAGUUCUAAAAUCACUGAAGACAGCCUAGUAUUUGACGACUUGCCUAGUAGCCCCAGGCAACCAGGAAUUUCAUGCAGGUGACUGAGCAGCCAGCUCACUUGAUUUCCUGGCUAGCUGUAAAGGAAGAGUAGUCUUGUCUCAUCCGCAGUCAUCACAGAAACACAGUGGACUAUCAGAGUGUCUCUCCUCCACCAUCCUUCAUGGAAGAAGCCACUUUUUUGCUGCGUUUCCAUGCUGACUUUGGAGGAGGGGGCAAAACAAAUAUUGCAGGCUAGUAACUUUUUGACAUUUGUAAGGCUGGCUGAAGAAGUACCCUUCUUCCCGGCCAAGUCUCCCCUUUGUGUACAAAAUGGAUGCAGCAGGUGGAAGGAGCACUUUUGCUGCAUCCUUGUGGAGCUCCUCUUGUCCUGGCAGGAGUACAGCUAUGGGGCUGGGGCCCUGUGCUGUAGGAUCACCCUAUACGAGUUAUUAGAGGGUUGAGUUGUUAUGUCACCAGAGAAAUGGAUGGUUGUUUUCAACCCUUGCACAAAGCAGGCACAAAUGCCUAGACAAGGGCUGGGAUCUAAGAAAUACCCAUGCUUAGAUGUGUGUCUAUAAUGUGUGUGUCUGUUGAAAAAGGUUUAAAUUUAUAUAGAUAUAUAAAAAUUUUAUUAAAUUUUCAAUAACAAAAAUAAAAACAAACACAACAACAACCACAAACAAUACUUGAAGCCUUUCCGUCUCACUAGCUUCCUGAUCUGGUUAAGCCUUGGUCCAGAAGUCAGCUUGACACCUGCUUGCUCACAUCUAGGUUCAAUGUUGAGAGACGUACUUCAACGGGAAGCUGGUACAGCUCUUUCCUGCUCACAGGUCUUUGAGGAGUCAAUCCAGCCAUGGCUACGGGAGAGAAAUAAUAAUCAUCGUAUGGAAGAACCACCAUUAAUCCAGGUUUGCAAAUUCAUAAAGCUUGGGCUACUAGUUUGAUGAAUCAUGCCAGGACCAUAGAGGGGACAAAUUGCAAAAAGGGGUUAUUUUGUAAAGGAGAAAGUUUGCUGCUAUUUGUUUUACAUUAUUAUUAUUAUUAUUAUUAUUAUUAUUAUUAUUAUUAUUAUUUUAUACCCUACCUUUUUCCCUGAAAGGGACUGAAGGCAGCUUAUAAACAAAAUAAGAAAUAAAGAUAUAUAAAAAAGAAGCCAUUAAAAGUUUUUUUUAAACAUUAGUAGAAUUAGAUAUUAAUUGGCUCUUGAGUUGUUUUUGUUUUAUUAAGCAUUUUGUAUUUUUAUGUCAUUUGUGUGUUUAUAUGAUAAAUGCAAUAAUACAACCUACACCUCACCACAGCCAUAGCAAUGGAAUGCAGGGAGCAUCCUUAGACCAAGCCCAGCCGUUGAUCCUCCAACCUUGGUGUCGUCUACAGAUGAUAAUUGGCAGUUGGCCCUCUGGGGCUUCAGACAGAGAGUCUUUUCCCACCCCCACCUGGAGAUGCUGUGGAUUGAACCUGGGACCUUGUGGAUCCAAAACAGAUGCUCUGUUGUUCUACUUCUGGAGCACCUCGGGUUCCCCAUGCCUGGUUAUUGGACUCCAACUACUCCUGACUGUUGGCCAUGCUGACUGGGGCCAAUGGCAGCACACCUGGAGAAGGACACAUUCUUCAACACUAUUUCUUUUCAAAGAAUGAAAACCUUUUUGCAGCCCGUAGCCAGAAUGAAGGCAAGAUAUCCUUUGAAGUCGGGGAAAGAGCCACGGGGUGGUGGUUGUGGUAAGACUUUAUUUCUAUACCACCUGUCCAUUACCCAGGUGAGGGAACACCUUUUAAAUGACACACAUACCGAAAGAAUCAAGAAUAUACACCCAGGGUCUCUGGUUGUUACAUCCUUGUGAUGGGCCAAGUGUCUCUGGCAGCAUUAUUCGUAGCUUACACGGCUCAGCCUUUUUGCCCUCAAAUUUUUUUAUCUGGCCACAGUUCCAGGCUGUACUGACAAGCCAUUUCCCUCCGUUCAGAUCCCUAGAAGCAGAAGGUCCAGUUACCUGCAUCUCUGCUGGUUGCCUGGGGUUCCUGUCUCUCAGCUUCGUCAGCUUCUGGGAGGGCAGAGAGAAGACCUUCCUGAUGGUUUUCUCCACCAGCUCCGAUCUAACCUGUGCGUGAAGAGGAAUGAGAAAGAAGGGGAGGGGAAAUUAUCCAAAGCUCACAGAAAAAGUGCUAAUUCAGCAGCUAUGGAGCAUAAUUAUGGAACCCGGCACACAGCAUGUCAGAACUGGAGACACCAUCGCUGCCACCACCACACCAAGCCCUGAAUUGUGCUCUCUCUCCAGCCCAGCCCACUUGACAACUAUGGGAGAAGAGUGGGCCUCCUGGAUCUGGGAAUAAGAUCCAUCUUUCACCUGCACAGAGCUUUCCCUCUCCCUCUCCCCGCCUGGGGCUUCCAGCAACUGAUCUUCAGAAACACUGCUGCCUUCCGCUGUGCAGGUAGAACAGGGUCCUGAGGCACCCUGGACCGAAGAUGGUCAGGGCUUUGUAAAAAAAAUGAUUUACUUACUAUGAGGCAGGUACUCGGCUCCACUGAAGCGCUUUGCUUAUUAGAAUUGUCGCCUUCAUAAAAGUGCUCUUCACAGCCUCGUCCUAAAAGGAGAAGGGAUUUUUUAAAAUUGAGGCACCCAAACAUAGAGCAGAGAGGCAGGUAAUUUCACUCUCAUGAAUAAUGGAUUUUCCAUGAUCAACAUUUGUUGUUUGGAAUCCAUUAUUAUUGGAAACUGAACUUGGUUAUCACUGGUUCCUCAUUCAUAUAAAAGACCAUGAUUUAUUUAUUUUUAAUCAAAAAAUCUGAUUUUUUUUUAAUUUAAAUUAUAUUUUUAAAAUAAAAUGCUUUUGGAGGAAAAAUCUUUCUAAAGAUAGUUUUCUGUUUAAGUUGCAUUAUAGUCCAAAGGUUAUUCAUCAGGAAAUAAGUAUUUAAGUUUUUCAUAUGCGCUAAAAUUCAGUCUAAGUUUUUAUUUUCUGUUUAACCCCAUCAAUUAACAAACAUGGAUAGAUAUGCUAAAACGUUAUUGUUUUACUUAAAUAAAUUGUUUAAAUUGUUAUUCUCCUGCCAACAAAGUACAGCAGAAAAGUUGUCCAAAUAUAAACAGUUAACUUAUUAAACCUCACAAUAAUUUCC